ACAUAGGAGGACGGGACGGGGAUGCGACCGGGAGCAGCUUCCACAGCUCGGUUUCGGACAGGGGAUCAAGUGCACCGGUCGAGUUUGUCAGUUUUCUCGAGUUAUGGCACAUAAUAGUGAAUUUAAAUUGAGCUCCUAGAUGUUCGGUCCACUUUGGGGUAGUUUAUUUUAUUUCUGUGGAUUGGUGUUUAUUUUAUCGCGCACGCAUGGCUCGUAACGGCAGCGGGGAUUCCUGAGGCCGAACCUGGACAGAAUUGUACCGACCCGUCAGUAUGUCCAGCUGGAGUGUGAAGGUCCACCGGGCUUAUGGGAUAUAGCCCGUCCUGUCAGCAUCUUUACGCGCUCUCCGUCAGUCCCGGGAAGAAGAAACUCGGGCUCUUCUUCAUUAUGCUGCUGCUCUGGGUCUACAUGCUGUACUCCUGCGUGGGCUACUGUGCCACCAUGCCGUCAACUUUAGUCGCGGACAGUAUUAACCGAGCGAGGGACACGGAGUUCGUCGCAGAGGACCCGGUGAUGUCCAAACUGGUGUCCAGACCGCAGAGCUCGUGGACGGACUUGGAGUCUGAUUAUGAUGAGCCCAUCGUCAGGAGGGCUCCCAGAGGUUUCUCUAAAAAUGAAGUGGAGCUGGAACGAGCCGAGUGGGAUCAGAAAGUGUCUCCGCUCUCGAGUUUCUCCAACGGCUCGGGCAGUAAGAAGCUGCCUCAGGCGAUCAUCAUCGGCGUGAAGAAGGGCGGCACGCGCGCGCUGCUGGAGUUUCUGCGCGUGCAUCCUGAUAUCCGCGCGGUCGGAGCGGAGCCGCACUUUUUCGACCGUAACUAUGACAACGGACUGGACUGGUACAGGGACCUGAUGCCUAAGACCCUGGAGGGCCAGAUCACCAUGGAGAAAACCCCAAGCUACUUUGUGACGCGUGAAGCUCCUUCCCGGAUCUAUGCCAUGUCCCGCGACACCAAGGUGAUCGUGGUGGUCCGGGACCCCGUCACACGAGCCAUCUCCGACUAUACACAGACAUUGUCCAAGAAACCCGACAUUCCCACUUUUGAAAGCCUGACGUUUAAAAACAGGACUACAGGGUUGAUUGACACCUCGUGGAGCGCCAUUCAGAUCGGCAUCUACGCCAAGCACCUGGACAACUGGCUGCAGUUUUUCCCAAUGCGCCAGAUUCUGUUCGUGAGCGGAGAGCGUCUGAUCACCGACCCGGCCGGAGAGCUGGGCCGCGUGCAGGACUUCCUGGGCCUGAAAAGAAUCAUCACAGACAAACACUUUUACUUCAAUCAGACCAAGGGCUUCCCUUGUCUUAAGAAAGCCGAGGGCAGCAGCAAACCCCAUUGCCUGGGCAAAACCAAAGGGCGGACCCACCCAAACAUUAACCCUGAGGUGGUGCAAAGGCUUAGAGACUUUUACAGGCCUUUUAACAUGAAGUUCUACCAGAUGACUGGGCAUAAUUUUGGUUGGGAUUAACGGUGAAUGGAGGACAUGUUAUUAUUAUUAUUUUUUCAUUUUCUGUGUAUUUGAAAUGGCAAAAAGACAUUGAGAUAAUUGCUAUAUAUAUGUAAAAUGUACAGAAAUCUAUUUUAUAAUAAUUUAUUUUUAAUUUCUAAGCAAUUAAUUCACUAAGCUGCCUAACCAUUUUGUACAUAACAUCCUGCCCUUGAGUUUCACGACACUUUCCAUUCGCUGUGGUUAUUUCCAUACACAAUGAAUAAUGGUGCUUCCAAAUUCCGAACUCGAAAAUGGUUUGACAAACAGUUUGUUACGGGUAUAGUGCAUUUACAAACCAAUAGCAACAGACAUCCGCAAUUCUGAAUGUCCACUAAAAUGUACCAGGCACGGACUGUAUUUCACUUUAAAGCUUGUUCUCUUGACUGCAUUUCAUGUUUCAUUACACUCCAUAUUGGCACUAUGUUAAGCAAGAAAGCUGAUCCAAUGUCCGUCUUCAUUCGAUAACACGAGAAUCAAUAUCUCUAAUUGCUACCUACAGUAUCACUCAUGUUUAGAGUUGACCGCUGGUUCCUGUAAUGAAUGGCCAAUCUAUUGAUGGCUAAAUAGUAUCUCUGACAACAGCGAGGCGGCAUGUCGACAUUAUGCUAAUCGUGUAACUCAUCCGAAUGGAUCGAUUAGGUUUCUCCAGCUUUAUGGCCUUGGCUCAGGCUACUUCCCUGUCUGAAAGGUUCAAAGGUCAAGUAAAGUUUGCCGUUUGAAGGAGCCAAGCCUCAUCCUCAUCUUUAAAGCUUUACUCUGCUAUGAGUUGGUGUCUGUAUUGACUCAUACUAGAAAAAUAAAACCAUUAAUGUUGAGGUUCAUUUUUGUGUUCAUCCCAUCACCUUAUCUCAGUUCUCUGCUUCUUGCCAAAUUUUAACAAGCUUAUGAACUCAUCUAAAGACGCCUCGUUGUUUUAUUUCUUGGUUUCAUGUCGCCUCCAUGUGCUUGUGUUUGUCUUUCUACUUGAAUUUUUGAAACGCAAAAGGGAAAGAAACAGUCCCUCUUUAUCUGUGAUAGUCACCCCAUGACCGCAGAGAUGGCGGCUGUCUCGCGGCAAGACAAAUGAGUGCAGCUCUAGUUACUAUGCGCUCAAAGCACCUGAUCCUGGAUCAGCUCUCAAUACCUCAGCAAUGAGUUAAGGUGUAGGGUUUUAUAGAUACAAGGAGCCAACAUGUCACUUUCUACAACUUAGCUUUAUCGUUGGUUUGAGAGAUACUGAUCUUGCACCAGAUUUGAAAAGGCCAUUACGGAUGUACCCAGGCUUCAUGUUAUCUCACCGCUUUUAAUAUUUGGAAAUGAAACGCAGAGGGAAAGGGUUGUCUAAUUGUUUGGUUUUGGAUGGGCGCAAACGAAAAUACAAAAGAAAAGCGGUCUGAAUUAGCUCAAUUAUUUUUUGUUUGCUUUACGAACAUGCUGUGCCUCGAACAAGCCCUGUGCUGUGUUAAGCCAACUUCCUUUCAUUUGGAGAGGAGAUCGUAAUAUUUAUCAGCUGUGUGGACACAGCCAUACAAAUCUUGUUGGCCUUCUAAGUGGGGGAAGCGGGGGACAUUUCCCAGGGCGUUUUUCCGACUUUAUUCAAUUUAUUAAGUAAUCAAACGUUCAGGAGGGGCAAAGAAAAGAACAAUGUGAAGUUUAUCCUCCAACUCUAAUGAAAUCAUCAAAGUUUGUUUCUUGCAUUCGCAUUGCAUUUAUAAGCAAACCGGUAAGAUGAUGGCAGUGAGAAAAGGUCUAGCGAUAUUUCAUCAAAUGUUAAUCCUUAGGGCCUCCUGAGAUUUACGAGUGCAAUUGGAUUUUGGUUUUGUUUAUCAGAAACAUCUACUUCAAGUCAAAGAGGAGCUUAUUGCUCAGGUAUUUUCCGAGUAAUACAUGUGAACGUUGUCUCUCACUGACUACAUGUGAAAUGGAUAUGAAUUUUGAUAUGAGUGAAGUUUCAUAUCUUUGCCCGCGGUCAGGCAGUCUGUGCUGAUGCAUUUGUUUAAUGGUUGAGUUUUAUUCAACCUUUUGAAAAACAUUCAAAUGUUUGUUUUACACACAAUAAGUAUAACACAAGAAAUACACUAGAAAUUAUCUUUAUGUACAAGGGAUGAGGAAGACAUGUAAACCAAGUAUUUUGUGGUAUCAAAAAGAAUUAAUUUUACACCAUGAAAGAUCAAAAUGGAACAGAUGUUUCUAGAUAAUGAAAUAAUGAACAUUCAUACUUAUGCUUUGUAUGAAGAAUAAAAUAAAAUAUAUAUUUUACCAAA